UGUGUGGUUAAAGUGUGACACUGUUGGUCAGCAUUAACAGUGUAAUCUCUUGAGCUGCUAAAGUCGUGAACCAGCGAGGCUCUAAUGAAGAGGAAGAUGAGGUUUUGUCUCAUGAAAGUGUGCAGGCUGCUCUGCUCGGCGUUGACUUUUCCUCUACACCUCAUGGAGGCCACAGGCCUGUUCAAAGUGUACAAACGCCUGUUCCCUCUGCUCGCCUACAAUAUCACGUUUUCAUACAACGACAAAAUGCACAAAACGAAGAGGGAGCUAUUUCGAAACGUCGCCAAAUUUGCGGCAGAAGACGGCACGCUUCGCCUGCUGGAGAUCGGCUGUGGCAGCGGGGCCAACUUUAGGUUUUACCCGGACGGCUGCACGGUGGUCUGCACGGACCCCAACCCGCACUUCGAGAGCUACCUGCGGAUGAGCAUGAAGGCAAACACGCACCUCACUUACGAUAAGUUUAUCGCUGCGUCCGGGGAGGACCUGAGAGUCGUGCAGGACGAGUCUGUGGACGUUGUCGUCUGUACUCUGGUCCUGUGCUCCGUCAGCAGCGUGCAGCAGGUGCUGACGGAGGCCCGACGCGUCCUCAGACCGGGCGGAGCGUUCUACUUUUUGGAACAUGUCGUCUCAGAUCCCUCCUCCUGGACGUACUUCUUUCAGCACGUGUUUGAACCUCUGUGGUAUUAUCUUGGGGACGGAUGCACAAUCACCAGAGCAACAUGGAAAGACUUGGAGGCAGCCGGUUUCACUGAACUUCACCUGAGACACAUCGAGGCUCCAAAGGUCACUUUAAUGAUAAGGCCACACAUUAUGGGAUAUUCUAUCAAGUGACAGCAGGAAAGAAUGUACAGUUUGUGUAUUUACCUGAAGCUGAGUCAUUAAUCACUGACAAUAUAUAACAGGCUGCUGACCAAUAAGACAUGCAGCCCUGUAGGUUUAUGAGAUUUGUUUACAAUUUCAUUUUCAAUAAACAUUAGCCACACUAUUGAGUGAAAAUAUAUUUAUUUACUUACAGAAUCAGCAACAUUUCAUACACUGUUUGUUCUUCUUUCCCACCCGUCCCAUGAUGUACAUUAAUAAAUAUUACCUGGACACUGUGCUUUUUCCCUGAUUGUCUAAGUAACUGCCAAGAAAUAACCAACAAACCACACUUAAUGUCAUCUUUUCUGUUACCCUUUAUAUUCCAUUGCACAAAAAUAAGGAAUGACAAUUGUAACAUCUCCUUAUAGGGAAAUGAGGGGAAUUGCUGGUUCACAAAAUAAACAGAAAUUAUGUCUGUGUAGUAAUUAUACAGUCAGAAUUCUGCAGAUGCUGUUAGAAUAAUUUUUUUUUUUUUUAAAAAGUCCAACAGCAACAUUUUUAAAAACACAAGAAAAAAAAGAGGAAAGGGAUACUUUUAAAAACUGAGACUGAAUGUUAAAGCUCACAAUUUCAAAUCUCCCAGUAUUAAAAAUGUACACAACUAUAAAUGUUAUAGCAUUAGCAAAUAUUUAAAAAACAGCAGGUGGAAAAAUGGCCAAUUUGUUUUUUUCAUUUCUUGAGUAAAUCUCACUGCCAUAAGUCACUUUUAUAUCAAACAGAGUAAAAAAAAAAAA